GCCCUCGCAAGCACGCGCGCUGGCGGGCGUCGUCCCGUGGCCAUGGCGUCCGAGCGGCUACCCAGCCGGCCCGCCUGCCUCCUGGUGGCCAGCGGCGCCGCGGAAGGAGUGUCAGCUCAGUCCUUCCUCCACUGCUUCACGCUGGCCAGUGCUGCCUUCAACCUGCAGGUGGCGACUCCUGGGGGGAAGGCUAUAGACUUCGUGGAUGUGACUGAGAGCAAUGCACGCUGGGUGCAGGACUUCCGCCUCAAGGCCUACGCCAGCCCUGCCAAGCUCGAGUCCAUUGACGGUGCCCGGUACCACGCCCUCCUGAUCCCCAGCUGUCCUGGGGCCCUGGCUGACCUGGCUAGCAGUGGGUCUCUGGCCCGAAUCCUGCAGCACUUCCACUCUGAGAGCAAGCCCAUCUGUGCCAUCGGCCAUGGUGUUGCUGCCCUGUGCUGUGCCACCAGUGAGGACGGGUCCUGGGUGUUCCACGGCUACAGCCUUACAGGGCCCUCUGUGUAUGAGCUCGUAAGGGCUCCUGGCUUCGCCCGCUUGCCACUGGUGGUAGAGGACUUCGUGAAGGACUCGGGUGCUGGCUUCAGUGCCAGCGAGCCAGAUGCUGUGCAUGUUGUGCUGGAUCGCCACCUGGUCACCGGACAGAAUGCCAACUCCACUGUCCCUGCUGUGCAGAACCUGCUCUUCCUCUGCAGCAGCCGGAAAUAAGCCUGCAGGUGGACACUGCCUCUUUGCAUUCAUCUGGGCUUCCCCCAAAGCAGCUGGACUUGCUCUUGUGUCUUCUGCUGUCCUCUGAGGACCCCACUGCUCCUGGGACUGUUAUGCCUGCAGGAAUCAGCCCUGAGGGUGUCAACUCUUGUGAGGACGAUGCCCUUGGGUGCCAUGGGUACUGUGCUGGCUGCUGGGUGGUCCUCAAGAAUUGCAGGUUGCAUCCCUGGGAGGACUGGUUAGAGUUCAGAGUGCUCACCACCCACAGGAGGGUGCUGGAUGCAAGGGACCAGGGACAGGGGCCUCCUGUGAUCAGCCACUGCCCUGCCCUUCAGCUGUUGGUAGAGGCUAAGAACCGGGCUGGCAGGCCAGAGCUUCCUCCAGUGUCUGACCCUUGCCAAUGUGAACAGUUUUCUGGGAGCCCCGCUUCCCACACUGGUUGAAAUUGCCAGGAGUCAUGCUGAAGAACUUGGCCUUCUUUUACCCCUUGCUGCUGUGGGUUUCUUUUUCUAGUGAUGCUGGUGAUUUGGGGGUGCAGAUCGGUGGUAGAGUACCACUGGGUUCAGUCUCCAGUACUGGAGGGCGGGGGGAAACAAGUGCUGUUUCCCUCAGCCUGCCCUCUGGUCUCUGGCUUCUGGCAGCUGAGCCCCCAGCCCUUCCACCUGCUCCACCUGGGUGGAGUGGCCAUGGGUGGGUUCUGGGUAGGGGAAUGGCAUGAGUCCCCGCCUCCCAAACCCUGGACAGGCCUUUGCUGGGAACGCCAGGUCAGUACACGACCACUUCCUCCUGGAUAGAGCUUGUUUGCUGCCUGUCCUCUGGGGUAUCUGGCGAGCAGCCCAUUAGCCCUGGAGUGGGUGCUCCUGAAGAGCUCAGUUCCUCUUGCCCUACACCUGGAUCUCUGCCCCAUCCCUGACCUGCCACGGCAGGCACCAGGGAGGCUCCCAGUGCCAGGGACCUGUGGGAGGCCCCUCGUCUAAGUGCAGAAGGAAGCAGGUCACCAGGACCCCCCAGCCCACACUGGGAAGUUGUUCAAGACCCCCACUUCAGGCCGUGGGCCGCCACCAUCUGCCCUGAGCUCUGGUGAUGUGACAUCCUGGUCUCUUCAGGUGCUGUAACAGUAAACCGAACCUGUGACUUCUU